UUUUUCUUGCCUUGCCUAACCGCAUCAUAAGUUUUGUUUGCUGAAUAUGUUGACACUACUAUCGGUGUUGUCCCUUGUUCAUACCUGUAUGUUUAUAAAUAUCAGAAGCACAUAGUGUAUAAUUAGUGUAUUUUUCGAUAAUAAUGAAUUAAAGAUACGUGUUGUAACACAGUGCAUAAUUUAAAAAUAGUAAACUUAUUUCUUGUGGAAAAUAUGAGAUCUAGACCUCAUUGCCGCUCGUGGCUACCUUUAUCGACACAGCAACUACGCUUGCGAAAUCUCAUCAGAAUCGAAGGUGUCAACAUAAAAUGUGUUGAAAAUAAAGCUCUAAUUUAUUAUACUCUUCAUCACCAUAAGGAUGAAGAGGCAUUUUAUUCCAGCGAAUGCUUACCCCAUCGAGAGGAACAAAGAUGGGCGGAGAUCAUCUGCUCCAAACUAUUUAAGUCAAAUAAAAGAAGUGUUUGUGUCAAAGUGUGGGCUCGAGUUUGUAAGGAGGAGAUAAAAAUGCAAGCGACAAUGGAGUGCGUGGAAUCAUUAAGGGCGUGUUAUCAAGAUACAUCGAGAGCACAGGAAGAUAUGCAUUCUACAACAUGCUCGGAUGAUACAGUGCUUUUUACUUGGGGUGUAAAUUUCUCUGGAUUAAAGCCGUUAUGUGAACAAAGAUAUCUAAACUUUAAGGAAAACUCAUUAAUAUUCUCUUUAAACGGAGAAUAUUUUACAUCCUCUGAUCAUACAAUUUCGGAUAUAUCUUCCAACAACUCCUUCACCGUACCGCAACUAAAAGCUUUUCCAAAUGAAACAGACUGCUUAUUACAUCGUCCUUCUGAAUAUAGUUGCGAUGAAAAAUUGGAAACUGUAGACAUUUUAGAAAAUAUUCGAUACCUGCAGAUAUUCUUUAAAGCAGGUGAUGUGCGGAAAAGCUACAAUUUGGAGCAGCUUUUAAAACUACAAGAAUUCCAAAGAAUGCAGUUACAAAAAAUAAAAGAGAGUAAAGAGUUGACUUCAGAAAUUAAACGUCGUUGUUUAUAUUGUAUAACAAAAGAUCAACUUUCUGCCCCUUCAUCAACUGCAUUAACUAAAUCUUUUAACCGUAAUCCUCAAAGGAUCACAAUGGGUCGAACACUGAGCGAAUUAUUUUCUGAACAAAACGGUGUAAGUCCGCAUGCCCUUCUAAGUGCACAGAAAUUAGAAAAACAAAUGGAAACCUUGCGCUUAAAACAAAGAUUAAUUCAGUCCGAAUGUGAUGUAUACUCUGCACGCAUUGCUCAACAGAGAAAUCUUUUAAUAUCUUUAGUGAAAUAUCGUCAACAGCGACAUCAUUGGAUUCAGUCAAGAGUUCAGCAGCUGCAAGCUGAAAAGAAAAUAUUGAGCGAGCAGUGUUAUGAACAAUCUUCCUUGGUGCAGAAGAAAUGUGACAUCAUAAAAGAUAUGGAGCGAAGAAUGUCUGCACUAUGUAUUGGUUUGCGAGGAAUUUACCCAAUAGAAAAAAAUUCAAGUGGUCUUAAUACUAUAAAUAAUGUGCCAUUUCCGAUUAUGGAUAUAUUUAAUAGUGAUGUAAAACAUACCAGUAUAAGCAGUAUGGACAAUAUGUUACCUAUAACCUUAAGUGUUUCACUGGGAUACGUCGCUCAUUUAGUUCAGAUGAUUGCGCUCAUAAUCAACCGGCCUUUAAGAAAUUCAAUUAUACAUCAUGGAUCUCGCUCUCAUAUAAUUGACGUUGUGAAAGAUAUUCCAUAUACUUGUUCAGAGUUUCCACUCUACAGUCGUUCUACAAUACCAUCCAAAGCAGUAAAGUACGCAAUAUUUCUACUCAAUCAAAAUAUUGCUCAACUAUGCUACGAUAUUGCUGGAAUACGCUGUGAUAUGUGUUUAACACUUGAAAAUAUACAUCAUAUAUUUACUUAUUUAACCGAUAUUCGAAAUGUAGAUGAAAAGAAAACAGUCAGUUUUCAUUUAUUUAGUAACAAAAGGGUCACUUUGAACUGCAAAAAUAAUAAGAACGUUGAUAACGGUUCUGUGAAUGUGGACAAUAAUCCGCUCUCAAGUUCACAUUCUUCGGUGGAAAUAAAUAACAUGUCAGUUCCUUUGAUAAAAGCUUCGCCACAAAAUUCUUUGCUUCAACUAUCUAUACCGUUAUCGAUUGCAGAAGGUGGCUUUAGCGUAAAACAACGAAUCAGCCGAUCAGUUGGAUCAUACUCGGAUACAGAAGACGACAGUAAAAAUAUACGUAUGCAUUGUUAUUCCAGUUCUGAUUCGAAUGUUGCGAUACCGUCAAAUCACUUAUGAGAGGCGUAUUAUUCACUUAACAAGAUCAAUUUAUCUUCAUACAAGUAUUUCUACAUUCAGUAGUCAAAUUGUUCAAACAAAUUUAUAUAAAGUCUAAUAGGAUUUUCUUGGUAAAAUGAAUAAGUUUCAUCGCAGGAAAGGUGAAACCAUAAAAGAGAAUAGUAUAAUGAUUUGGACGAUGAACGCGGCUGUGGUAAUGACUCAAUAAGGUCAAUAAUAUGUAUGUAACCUGGUGUGUGACAUACAUAUUUAUACUUAGUACUGUGGUUAUAUUACAGAUUACCAUCAUUUUUUUUUUUUAUAAAUAUUCAUGCAAAAUGUAUAAUUGUGCAGAUUACCCUAAAAGUUAUCCUUGCCCAUUUUAUAUAUCACGAUUAAGUCCCACGGAUACGGGACAGGGAAUUCAAUGUGGAGCGUUCACUAAAAAAAAACAUUCCUUAUGAACAGAAUUGUGGGGCGGGGGGCAGUACACUAUGUGAGAAAUAAAUUGUUUAAGCAAUUUUUUAUAUUUUGCACGAAUAAUGAAACAUAAUUCUAGGGGCAGCGCACUUCAAAAUGCAAAUAUUAUAUUACCGAUCCAUUAUUAUUAUUUUUUUUUUUUGAAAAUAUAAAGCUUUCAAUACGCUGUCUUUAUUAUUGCCUUAUUUUGUUUAAUUAGUUUAAGUAUUUUAUAUAUAUAUAUAUAUAAAUAUAUAAUUUAUAAUCACUGAAACGAUUUUCGGCCCAGCUCCACGUCCAAUAUGUAGUGGGCGCCUUGAUGUUUUCCCAAUAAAAUAGGGUGACCUAUAGUUAAGCCGCCACCGAACUGCUGAUAAAAUGUAAUGAGGAUUUUUUUUUAUUUAAUACUCCCGAAGGGGUUGACAUUCGCUGCAAGCAGUUGGAAUUUACGUAAUUUUUUUUUUUUUAUAAUUUUCAAGAUGUUGAUCCGGUCUGGAUCCCAUGAUCCAUGACCUCCCAUAUGUGAAAAUAUAUUCUAAACAACAGUUAUAUAGGUGUAUUGGUGAUUAUGUCACAAAACACAUCCAUCACGAAAAGACUAUAUAGCAAUUCAUUUUGAAAACCCAUAAAAGACUAGUGAAGUCUGGGAGACGAAACUCGAAAGAGUGCUGGUCUUUUUCGAGGCGUGGUGUAGUACCACUGCUUAAUUUGCACUCUAAUUUAAGGAGAGAGUUUCAUAUCAUUAUAUAGUAAAUUUUGUCGAGGUGAGACCACAUUUAUUCUUAAACAAAAACUGUGCUAAAUACUUGUCCAGGUAUAAACGUGAACAUUCAACAACAAAUAAAAAAAAUUAUAUACUAUAUUACAGUUUGUGCGACAUCACAUGAUUGAAGCUGUUUUAUUCUGUUAUGAAGCAAUAAAUAUUUUUUUCCAAAAAUAA